AGAGGUGGCCCCCCAAAAACUAUCAGCCCCAGAGACGUAAGUAGGCAUCUAGUUGAACUCAUGUCAAGCGUUGAAACAAAUAGCGCAUUAUUUAAACCAUUCCUUGUCCUCUUGACGUUUUUUUCUGUGACCAAUCUUGUAACUCAUGUCGUUGCAAUGGCCGUUAUAAAGGAAACAGAUUUCACUGAUCUUCAUUGGUGGACCCUCGCACGCACCCUAUUUUGGUUUCUACUCGCCAUCCGGUUGCUAUGGGCGGUUGCUACGAUCACAAAAACAUUGUCGCGUAUCGUACCUCAUAUCCAUUACCUCAGAAGCGUUGGGGAGUUGACAGGAACGAAAGAUGAGUGGGAUGAUUUUUUUCAACUUGCCGAAACCUUUCGGUUCGGCUCAAGGACUUAUGGUUUUCCGUUAACCCUGAAUCAAGUUGCGAGCAUCGUUGCUGUAGUUAAUUUCUCGUUUUUAAUUGCCUUGUCUUUGAUUUCCAAAGCAGAAUGAAUACGUUGUUAUAACACUUGAACAUAUAUAAUAAAGGUUUUAGUUUGAUGUCAGUAUUGGCGUUAUUUUAAUACAUUGGAGGUGAUUAAACGGGUUGACAAGUCAACAAGUUAUGUUCGCACUGCUUGUCCCAAGUUGUCAACGAGUAUGGAACAAUCUGCUAACAACUUGUAGCAGCCUUGUUGAUAUUAUCAGACUUGUUGCAAGGUUGUUCCGACAAGUCCGAUACAGUCAUGAUAUAACAAUAUUGUUACAACCUUGUGUCGUCAAUAUUGUAACAUUCUUGUUAUAUCAUGAUCGUAUCAGACUUGCUAGAACAAAGUCUGAUAAUGCUAUCAAACUUUUGUUACAAGUUGUUAACAGCUUGUUCAAAACUUAUUACAACAAACGCUCUAUGCUUUAUCAAUCAGAUAUUGCCCUUACAGGACUUCCAGAAGAGCUAUCAAGUUAUCAAUAUAUUCUAUAAAUUGCACCAGUAUUUCGAAAUAUCCGGUAUUACAAUCACGGGAUAUAUGCAUGACCUCCUCACAGGCAAAGGGUCAUAGGCUGUCACACAUAUUCACACACCAUAAAAUAAGUAUACAUAUACUCUAUUUACAAAAAUGUCGCUGGUAAAAAGCUACUACGCCACAUACAAAGAUGCACUCUCUCAUACUGUAUUCGUGACACUUUUAUUCAACUCUGGAGCGAUGUCUAGGACUCGCUUUGCAAGAUUCGUGGAAAAGAUUGUAUUCCUGCUGGUAUUUCUUGGUUUGUUAUUUAUCUCCGUGUUUGCAGUGUUUUCCGCAUGGGGUGUAGAUACAUGGAUCAAAUUCUCGCUCUAUAUCAUUCCUUUAUUCUCCAUGAUCUGUGGACAUCUGAUAUUCAAGUCUCGCUCGUUCAAAGAAAUUUUGAGCAGACGCAUCGAGCAGAACGACACUUCCGCAAAUGAUGCCGAUUACGAAACUUCUGAACAUGAUCGACGGUACUCGAACACGUUCGACAAUUUAUCCUCGUUUCUUAGAAAGCGUUCACUAAGAACUUGUUUCUACCCCAUCAGUUUGCUAUUAUACCAAUGGACACUUUUUCUGAUAUUCUUUUACGAUAAAGGAAUCAGCGACUACGUAGGGUCGUUGAACAUAAGUGAUGAUCUGUCGCACUUGACCCGAGGUUUACAUUUUGUCAUAGAGGAAAACGUUUGGUGGCCUUUCUAUUAUAUAUUUUGGACUACGGCUAUGUAUAUUACGGGAUUCGUCGCUUGCUGUUUUAUACUGGUAGUUGACAUUCAAAAGAUUGAUAUAAAAUCGUUCAUGCGCAAAAUCGGCAACGGGCCUCUGAUACAGAAUUGUAGGUAUCGGUAUAAUGCUAGGGUCACAACUCCGGUCGGGUUUUGUUUCAGCGUGCUGUCGUUGAUUACCGGGUUUUUUACCUUCGGACUAGUGGAACUCGCGUCCAGACCUCAUUGGGAAGCACGGCAGCUGUCGCCUAUUUCAGGAUAUGACGAUAUUCAAAAUUUAGAGGGCGAGGUUUUUGAUAGUGAGUUGACUAGCUCAGUGGGUAUUGAAACUGGAAAGGGCUCAAGCUCCUCUGGGAAGGGGGGCGAUCCCCCGAAAAGUAUCACCCCUAGGGAAGCAAGCAAGCUUUUGGUUCACCUGAAGUCAAGCAUUGAACGAAACGGUGCAUUAUUUAAACCGUUUCUUGUCCUGCUUACAUUCUUUUCUGUUACUAACCUUGUAACCCUCUUUGCUGCAAUGGUCUAUUUAAAAGAAACCGGUUUCACAGACCUUCAUUGGUGGACCCUCGUGCGCGCCCUAAUUUUGUUUCUACUCGCCAUCCGGUUGCUAUGGAGCGCUGCUUCGAUCACGAAUACACUAUCACGUAUCAUACCUCAUAUCUACUACCUCAGAAGCGUUGGGGAGUUGACGGGAACGAAGGAAGAUUGGGAUGAUUUUUUUCAACUUGCUGAAACUUUUCAAUUGGGUACAAAAACGCAUGGUUUUCCUUUAACUUUGAAAGAAGUUGCAAGCCUUAUCGGUGUACUUAAUUUCACGUUUUUGAUCGUCUUGUCUUUGAUUUCGAAAACAAAGGGACAAGCUUCUCUGGAUAGUGAUGGGGCUGCCUGAAGAACUAUCAGCCCCAAAGACGCAAGUAGGCUUCUAGUUGAAUUAAUGUCAAGCGUUGAAAUAAACAGUGCAUUAUUUAAACCAUUUCUUGUCCUCCUGACUUUUUUUUUCUUUGAUCAAUCUUGUAACUCGUGUCGUUGCAAUGGCCGUUACAAAAGAGAUCAUUUUCACGUACUUUCAUUUGUGGACCCUCGCACGCACCCUAUUUUUUGUUUCUACUCGCCAUCUGGUUGUUAUGGGUAGUCGCUAUGAUCACGAAUACGCUAUCACGUAUCAUACCUCAUCUACUACACAGAGUAGAGACAUACAGAGACGUAACUAGUGUACCCACUUUUUUUGUGCGCAUGCUCGGCAAGUUACUAGAUGCAUGCAUCUGAUUGGAUGACGACCUGAUGACGACUCACUUUAAACUUGCUGAGCACGCACAGUUGAUCAUUUUUCGCCCAGUCGCCUGAAAAAAAGUGGGUACGUGAUAACGUGAUCUUCCGCAGUGUUUACAACGGUCAGUUACGUCUCUGUAUGUCUUAUCUACUCUGUGUCUACUAUCUCAGGAGCGUUGGGGAGUUGACAGGAACGAAAAGAGAGUGGGAUGAUUUUUUUAAACUUGCUGAAACUUUUCAAUUGGGUAGAAAACGCAUGGUUUUUCUUUAACUUUGAAAGAAGUUGCACGCUCAGUAUUGGCGUACUUAAUUUCACCUUUUUGAUCGUCUUGUCUUUGAUUUCCAAAACAAAAGAAUGGAUUGUCGCUAAAACUGUUUGCUGCUGUGCUGUUUUGAGCGGAAAAUUUAGUAGAACUGUCCAGUUUAAAUAAAUAAAGUUAAUUUAGUUUAGGUUUCCUUUUGUAGUAACACUGGUUUCUAGGGAGAACACUUUAGAAAGUAACAGAGCCUCCACAAACAAGUUGUAACAAGGUUGUUGUUGAGCAGUUGUUGUGACAAGUCUGGAACAAGUUGUUGUCACCUUCGUUGUUACAAGGUUGGUGACUUUAGCAGACUUGCUAAAUACAGACUGUUCGUAACAAGUUGCUACGAGCUUGUUGUCAUCACUUGUUAGCAACCUGUUACGUGCAGACGAUAUCUGACCUGUUGGAACAGCUUGUUGCGGGUCUGUUGGCCUCGCAACCUUGUUACAAGACGAUAACAACUUGUUCCAUACUUGUCAUAACUGGGAACAAGCAGUGCGAACACAUCUUGUCGACAAUUAAGCUGUGAUAUUUUUACACGUGUGUCCC